AUGUUCAGACUCCCACAUCUUGCCUCACAAGUAGCUCGCGUUGUACGUGCAACCUCAGCCCCCUCAGUGCCGGCACGCUCAUUUGCAGACGCUUUUCAACGCACAAAGCCUCAUCUCAACGUCGGUACAAUUGGCCACGUUGAUCACGGAAAGACUACCCUCACAGCCGCGAUCACAAAAGUCCUCUCCGAGGCAGGCGGCGCCACCUUCACCGACUACGAUCAGAUCGACAAAGCACCCGAAGAAAAGAAGCGCGGCAUCACCAUCUCCACCGCCCACGUCGAGUAUGAAACCCCGAAACGCCACUACGCCCACGUCGACUGCCCCGGCCAUGCCGACUACGUCAAAAACAUGAUCACAGGCGCCGCCCAGAUGGACGGCGCUAUCCUUGUCGUGUCAGCAGCAGACGGGCCCAUGCCGCAAACAAGGGAGCAUAUCCUCCUCGCUAGGCAGGUCGGCGUCCCGCAUAUCGUCGUCUUUCUUAACAAAUGUGACGUCGUAGAUGACGAGGAGCUUAUCGAACUCGUCGAAAUGGAAGUCAGGGAUUUACUCUCAUUUUACAAGUUCCCAGGCGAUGACACUCCCAUUGUACGUGGUAGUGCGUUGGAGGCGUUGCAAGGGAAUAAGGUCGAGAUUGGCCGUGAUGCUGUGCUGAAGCUCAUGGGCGAAGUUGAUGAGUAUAUUCCGGAGCCGAAGCGCGAUCUCGACAAGCCUUUCCUGAUGAGCGUCGAGGACGUGUUUUCUAUUCAGGGACGUGGGACCGUUGUCACAGGCCGAGUCGAGCAAGGUACAAUUAAAGCUGGCCAAGAUGUUGAAGUCGUCGGUUUAAGGGACACCAUCAAGGUCGCAUGCACAGGCGUGGAAAUGUUCAAGAAGAGCCUUGAUGUCGGGCAGGCAGGCGACAACCUGGGCUGCCUCCUGCGCGGUAUCAAGAGGGAAGAUGUCACCCGCGGCCAAGUCUUGUGCGCCCCUGGGAGCAUCAAGUCACACAAUAAGUUUGAAGCAGAAAUCUACUGUUUAACAAAGGAAGAGGGUGGCCGGCACAAGCCAUUUUUCACAAACUACGCACCUCAAUUUUACUUCCGGACCGCCGACGUAACCGGCAAAGUCAUUUUGCCGGAUGAUGUCCAGAUGGUUAUGCCAGGCGACAACGUCACGUGUAAAGCGGAGAUGCUCAGCAAGAUUGCCAUGGUCGAGGGGCUCCGGUUUGCAGUAAGAGAAGGUGGCCGUACCAUUGGAGCGGGCGUCGUCACCAAGGUAAUGUAA